UGUGAUUAGUAAGAACGGCAACGCUAUCUCAUUCUUUUGCUAGCGUUUUAGACAAAGCUGAUAGUUAAAGCCAUUUCUGACGGGCCGUUGAGGAGACCUCAUCCUAUGUCUGGUACCCAAUGAAUGUAUACAGAUGUUAGACUAUAUAUAGAUUAGUUUUAUCCCUUUAGGUCCGAGUGCUACUGAUGAGAGACCAAUUCUCCACACUGUUCUGAAUGUUGAUUGAGAUUAACUGGUUAUCUGAUGACGAAUGUUGUACACAUCAGCAUACCCCAAUGUUGUUCCAGAUCGCAAACUUGGCCAUCGUCUACCUCAGCAAGGCAAAAGGGGAACGACGACGAGGAGCCUAGGGAAGAUCUAGUCUAUCAGGAAUGGACAUCGCCGGCCUCCCUUCCGACAUACUCGUGGAGGUGACUGCCAGAAUCGCCGGGGAGUCCACCACGCCCCUCAACGACAUCGUCAGCCUCAGGCGAUCGUGCAAGGUGUUCCGCGACGCGACGGCUGCGAGGGAGGUGGGGCGGUGCAUGGCGGUGCAGAGGGAGUGGCGGCUGCACUGGUGGGACAAGGCUCGGUUCCUCUCGGUUCUCCGGCGGUGCGCGGCCAGCGGCAACCCUGACGCCUCCUACAUCCUCGGACUGGAGGAAAUCUGCAACCGGAGGAGAAAGGCGAGCGGGCUCCUGCACCUCCGGCGCGCCAUGGAGCACGGCCACCCUGUUGCGGCAUACACGAUCGGCAUGAUCAUGCUGCGUGAUUCGCUCGACCUUGAAGGGAUCGAGCAGGCGAUGGAAUAUUUGGAGGGAGGCUCUGCAUCAAGAAUAAGGAGCAACAUCAAGAUUGCUUCCGUGCGGAGAGAGGCUGCGUCGGUCAUGAGAAGGCUGACGAUGCGCCGUUGGAAGAGGGCCGAGCCUGCGGCUCCCUGCACGGACCCGCUGUGCGGGAAGAUGGAGGAGACGGCGGAAGCCUGGGACGAGGCUGACGACGAACAGAGGAGGUUCUGCAGCCGGAUGUGUAGAUGGAGACAUGAGUAUCGCAGAUUUGUCGAGAGGAUUUAACAAUUCGAUCCAUUAGUAGGCUGUCUGCCACUCCGCCGGCAGUAAUUUGUCGACAAAAUUUAACUCGAAGCUUCUCCAAUUAUAGGAUCUGCCAUACCAAUUUUUCUCGUUCAGUAGACUAUGCCACUAAGAGAUACUCCCGCUGGUUUGGCAUUUCCCACACCAUUCCCGGUGGUUAGGACGUGAUAUUUUCCUCACGGGUCAGGGUCACUGGCUUGUGUAUGUUGUUUCGACUAGGAUAUGCUUGUAUUUUGUGAUACCAUUGAUUGUAGUAACAAUUUUUUUGGGGUGUAGUAUAAGGCUUAGUUAGUGUG